AUGGCUGAUAAUAAGGAUAUUCCCGUUACUAACGAUAGCAUGGGGGAGCCUCUUUCGGGGAAGAACAAGGUUCUUACUGCUGGUGCUGCUGUGACGCAGGAGUUUCGACCUGUGAAGAAUAUUUACGAAGACGUCCGCCAAUGUCUCCUCUACGACUCCGACGAGCCCAACGCGCGCCUCAUAGGCAUCGAAUACAUGAUCACACCCAAACUCUACGAAACUCUCGACAAAGAAGAGCGUCAACUCUGGCACUCGCACGUCUACGAAGUGAAAUCCGGUAUGCUCAUCAUGCCGAACCGCGCAGUCCCUGAAAGCGCAUGGCAAGUCGCCGAGAACUACGAGAUGGACCAGGUAGUGGAGUUGUACGGAAAGGUAUACCAUUUGUGGCAGACGGACCGUGGGGAUAGACUGCCGCUUGGACCGCCGAAGUUGAUGACGAGUUUUACGGCGGAUGGACAGUUUGACUUUGAGAAGCAUGUUGGCGAGAGAGAUAGACGGUUUGGAACGGAUUAUAAGGUUAAGAAGGAGGCGAGGAAGGAUAUUCCAGAGCCGGUUAUUCAUGAGGAUGCGGAUCAAGCUUGGAAGAAGAGCAAUUGA